GGUAGGGAGAGAGCCCCGCCCCUGCCAGGCGUGUGUGUCGUGUGUGUUUGGGGCUGUUGCGGGGUGUGCGCUUUCGGGCUUUGCGCCUCCUGCCCCCGGGGCCCGGCUGCAGCCCCAGCUCCCUUCGCCCCGCCGAGCGUCGCCAGCCAACAUGGGCCAGGAAGAGGAGCUCCUGCGGAUCGCCAAAAAGUUGGAGAAGAUGGUGGCCAGGAAGAACACGGAAGGGGCCUUCGACCUUCUGAAGAAGCUGAACAGCUGUCAGAUGUCCAUCCAGCUGCUCCAGACAACCAGGAUUGGGGUUGCCGUCAACGGGGUCCGCAAGCACUGCUCAGACAAGGAAGUCGUGUCCUUGGCCAAAGUCCUCAUCAAAAACUGGAAGCGGCUGCUGGACUCCCCUGGACCACCCAAAGGAGAAAAAGGAGAGGAAAGAGAAAAGGCAAAGAAGAAUGAAAAAGGACAUGACUGUUCAGGCUGGAAGCCAGAGGCAGGCCUUUCUCCACCAAGGAAAAAACGAGAGGAAGAGCCCAAAGACAGGAGAGAUUCUGCUGACUCCAAGUCUUCUGCAGCCUCAUCUCCAAAAAGGCCAUCGAUGGAAAGAUCAAACAGCAGCAAAUCAAAAGCGGAGACCCCCAAGACACCCAGCAGCCCCUCGACCCCCACGUUCUCCCCCUCCGUCUGCCUCCUGGCCCCCUGCUAUCUCACAGGGGACUCUGUCCGGGACAAGUGUGUGGAGAUGCUGUCAGCAGCCCUGAAGGCGGAUGAUGAUUACAAGGACUAUGGAGUCGACUGUGACAAGAUGGCAUCAGAAAUCGAAGAUCAUAUCUAUCAGGAGCUCAAGAGCACAGACAUGAAAUACCGGAACCGCGUGCGCAGCCGGAUCAGCAACCUCAAGGACCCCAGGAACCCUGGCCUGAGGCGGAAUGUGCUCAGUGGGGCCAUCUCCCUCGGGCUCAUUGCCAAGAUGACUGCAGAGGAAAUGGCCAGUGAUGAGCUGAGGGAGCUGAGGAAUGCCAUGACCCAGGAGGCCAUCCGUGAGCACCAGAUGGCCAAGACGGGCGGCACCACCACCGAUCUCUUCCAAUGCAGCAAGUGCAAGAAGAAGAACUGCACCUACAAUCAGGUGCAGACACGCAGCGCUGAUGAGCCCAUGACUACCUUUGUCUUAUGCAACGAAUGUGGCAAUCGCUGGAAGUUCUGCUGAUGGACCCACCAGCUAGAACUGCAGUGAACAAGGUGAGGAAGAACAAGGAGGAAGUACUAAGCCAUUUGAACUGGAGACAAAAUAAAAAUGAAAAUGAAGAAAAAUGCUGAACUCUGAAUGGGGUAGUAGGGAUCAGAGGGAGAAUUCUUUUGCAAAUUAAUGAUCAGUCAUUAAUAACAAUUGGCUAAUAGGGGAAGCCUAAUUGGGGUGACAUGCCAAGAGUCUGUGUUUGCAAACCUCUUGUAGAAACUCAGAGACUUCAGAGCCUCAUAGCUGAGAUGCCAUGUUUUUGACAAGGGAAUGUCAGAUCUUUGCUUUGAGUUGCUUCCUCGCAUCUGAACCUCUCAGCCUUUUCUAAAUUGAGAAACCCUAGAGUUGCCCAAGCAGAACAGUUGGUACAUGGUUUGGCUUAGGCAGAUAUGACUUAAACACCAUGUAGAAAUGUUUCUUCCCUACACCCUCGUCUCUUCCCAAACUCUCUGCUGUUCCCUGUUCAUAGCUGGCUUUGAGGGCUUCCGAGGAUGCCAGACUUGGUCCUUCUAGGCAGAGAAGAGAUCCUUCUGAGCUCAGGCAUUCGGAGUACAGCAGUGCCCCUGAGUAGCAUGGCCCCUUGGGGUCCUUAGGUUCAGAACCUGCCCAGGCUGGAGCACUGUGUGCCUCACUACUCCAGCUGUGGCCCGAGCUUCCAAGGAAGUCUCUAGAGCACAAGGGACCUUAUUGUACUUCUCCCAUGAUGACACUGGCUUGCUUUUUAAGCUGAUAGAAAUUUGGACAAAGCUGGAACCUUCUGAAAAAGUCAUGGGAGCAGAUCUGGUGGGCCUGUCACAGACAGCUGGCUGGGGCUCAGUCUCUGACUGUCCCUGGCCUUCAGGCAGGCUCAGGGUGAGCCUCCUGGACUCUGUAUUUACUAAAAUGGCUGAAGCACAACUCCUGGGCCCCUUUGUGCAAAGGCCACUUGGUUUCUGUCUGUUGUGGUUCACCCAGGCAGGUGCUCAGGUAACUACAGCCUCAAGUUCAUUAUAUACCCCAGGCAUCAUCCACUCCGGAACUGGUUAUUGCUUUCCUCCUUCUACCUGACAGGUUCCUCCUCCUGAUGAUGAAGUCUGGAAAUAAACUGUGUAUGGAAAUAUA